UUUCUAAUCGCUUGAGUAUUUCACGAGUUGUGUUUUGUCCCGUUGAUUCACCAUUUUAGCGAUUUUUUAAUUAUUGACAUAAAUUUGUUCUUGUUUACAGGGGUACAGGAUAAAGGAGUUGAUUGCAAAGGUGUAUGCAGAAGAUUGAAAUGGUUGGUUAAACGGGCUUGGUAGGCUUCAUUGUUUUGUUCAACUCAUUAUCUGGUAUUUACAACCCAUAGAAAUUUGUCGUCCUAAAGUUUUAUUUAUCCCCAGAAUAUAUAUUAGGGUUUUACAACCCAUUUGUUGGUUCUAAUCAUUAUUUGGUUUUCAGCGAUGAAUUUUCUUUAUUUAUCUUCCUCUCCCCUUGUCUCAUCCCUGUCUUGCAAGUCUUCACUUUGUCUUUUGAAAAAACCUCAGUAUAUUUGCUCUUCAAAUCUUUGUUUCAAUGGUUAUAACAGUGCUACCCUUUCUUACUUGCUAAAACCCAAAUCACUUUUUCCAGUAAGCACUCAUCAGACAUCCAUAGGUUCUACACUUCCUUCCGAUGAGGGAGUUGUAUCUGUAAUGGACUUAAUUGAAAAAGAUUGGUCAUUUCUUGACUCGGAUGAGCUAAACUCCGACGAGAAUAUCCAGAAGAUUGACCAUAUAAUUUCCGCUGGAGAGAUCAAUCAUUCUUCCAGGGUUUUGGUUUCAAUUGGUUCUGAAGGUUUUGUUGAUCGGGUGGUUGCUUCAUCGCCCUGCAGCUUUUUUCUUGUUGUGCAUGAUUCACUUUUUGUGUUAGCUUGCAUUAAAGAGAAAUAUGAUGAGGUUAAGUGUUGGCAAGGGGAACUGAUAUAUGUGCCAGAAAAGUGGGCACCUUUAGAUGUUGUGUUUCUCUAUUUUCCGCCUGCUUUGCCCUUCACACUUGAUCAGGUUUUCAGGGCACUUGCCGAUCGAUGUUCCCCAGGUGCAAGAGUGGUUAUUAGCCACCCCCAAGGGAGGGAAAUUUUGAAGCAGCAACAGGAACAGUUUGCAGAUGUUGUAAUUUCUGACUUGCCUGAUGAAAUGACUUUACAGAAAGUUGCAGCCAAUCAUUCUUUUGAGAUGGCUAAAUUUGUAGAUGAGCCUGGUCUUUAUCUUGCUGUAUUGAAGUUUUAUAAGGCAAACAACUUAGAUUUGAUUUGACCUUAUGAAGAAACUUGGCCUUGUAGCCAAUGAAAUAGCUGAAUGAAUCAAAGUUGUCUUUUAGAA